AUGGACGUGGAAAUGCAGAUGGAGGCUCAUGGAUUGCCAACGCAAUUCAGCUCGACCUCAGAGCAGCCGGAAGAGUCUCACAUUGCCGACAACCUGGCGGCCUCAAUAUCAAAUUCAGAAGCGACCGUGAACCCCAGUCCGCCCAAGCAGCCCGCAGUUGAUGCGCCGCAACCCGAUCCAGUAAAAGCAGUGCCAGACCCAGUGCCAGACGCAGUCACGGAGGCAGUGCCGGACCCGGUUCCUGAGGCAGCUCCUGAAGCAGCGCCUGAGGCAGUUCCACCAGCUCCCUCUGAAGUGCUGCCUCCACCACCGCCUGCCACAAAUGGGAUCACGAAUCACGAAAGUGAACCUGUCCAGCAACCUCCUACAAUUGUUCCCGACUCUCAACCUGAAUCUUCUCUCGACCACCAGUCUUCCACAUUCCCUGUGACCACGUCAAUAUCGGACACAACCCUGACCGAGUCUUUUGUCCCCUCUUCCAUCCCUGCCGAAAUUCAGUCUUCGGCCACGCCGUUGGAGACAAGUCAGUCAACCAUGGAUGUUACAGAGCCUCCGGCAAUUCCCCCCGAGCCCCCAGUGUCUGAUCUGCGAACCGCGCCCCAUUCUGAUGCGCUAACGCCUGAAGCUGUCGCAAAGGUUGAGGCUCAGAAACAUGACAUCGAUAAUUCUGCCGAUCUGCCCACCUCCCUCAAACCAGAAGUCGCUGAGAGUGCACCCCGAAUUGCGCCCGUCGUUGAUUCGGCCGCCGCGAACAUUGGCCUUCCCUCACCGCCUGCACAAUCGCCGCCACCUGCACCCCAACCGGCGCCUGCGAGCUUGACUGAGCAGAAGGCCACAGAACAACCGGCAGCGCAACCGAUAGAACAGCCUCUAGAACCACCUCUAGAACCAGAACAGCCCACCCAGGUCACAGAGUCGGCUCCUGCAGUAGAGGAACCCAGUGAACCUGCGCCAACACCGGCUGUUCCUGCUCCUGCAGAAUCCGAAGACCAAAUCAUGACGGAUGCCUCUCCGCAGCCGAUCAAACAGGUCCACGAACGUGAUGAAGACAUGGAAGACGCGGAACGGGCUGCCAAGCGCGUUAAGACCGACGAACCGCACCCACUUACCGAAGAGCGACAGUUCAAAGUUCCGGAUGUGCCUGCACCCGCCGUGUCGUCGCCAGCCACAGCCAACGGCGAAACCGAGUCUUCUGCGGCAAUCACGGAGGACGGCGAUGAUUCAGUCACUCCAGCGCGCUUGGCACAUAUGAAGAAGGUCAUUUCGAAUCUGAAGAAGAGCAACGCCUCUGGACCUUUCAGACUUCCGGUAGACUGGGAAACACUUCAUAUUCCGACUUAUCCCGAGAUCAUCAAGCAACCCAUGGAUCUAGGCACAAUUGAUCAGCGGUUGAAACGCAACGAAUACACGUCAGUAGCUACAUUUGUGGCUGACUUUGAGUUGAUUGUGAAUAACUGUUUCACCUUCAACGGUCCUGAUCACGGAGUGUCACAGCAAGCCAGGAAAAUGAAGGCAUCGUUUGACGGUCAGAUGAGGAAUUUACCAAAGGCCAGCAUUGAAGAGCCUUCCAAGGAGGUGAAGAAAGCAGUCAAAAAGCAAGAGCCGACGAGAACAGCGCCUCCGCGGCGACCGUCGGUAAGCACAACUACGUCGAACGUCGGCGCUGCUAGUUCGCCCACCUCCGCAGCCCCCCCAACACCUGCCUUUGCACCGAAUCCGGAUGGUAUGCCUCUUAUUCGGCGUGAUUCGAGUUUGACGGAUGGCCGACCCAAGAGAGCCAUUGUCCCGACCAAGCGCAACUCAGAAUUUGGAGGUGGCAGACCCAGAAAGAAGAAAUAUGAGCUGCAACUGAAGUUCUGCGAUGAAGUUCUGAAGGAAAUCAUGAAUGCGAAACACUGGCAGGCCAAUCAAUAUUUCAUGUAUCCGGUGGAUCCGGUGGCCUUGAACAUCCCAACAUACUUCCAGAUCAUCAAGAAACCGAUGGAUUUGUCGACAGUUAAAACCAAACUCCAGAACAACGCCUAUGAGAAGGCCAAGGACUUUGAAGAGGAUGUCCGUCUUAUCUUCAAAAAUUGCUUCAAAUUCAAUCCCGAAGGUGACUUGGUCAACGCUUCUGGGCAUCAGUUGGAAGAAUUGUUCAACAAGAAGUGGGCGACAAAAGAUGACUGGCUUGCUGCCCGUGAGCCACCAUCGGUUACCCAGUCGGAUGCGGAGGACGAAGACGAGGACGAAGAGGAGAGUGAAGAUGAAGCGGAGGGUGAUAGCGAAGAGGAGCGGAACGAAAAGAUCAAAAAGUUGCAGGCCCAGAUUGAGGAAAUGUCAAAACAGAUGGGCGAAUUGACGCAGAAGAAGGUCAAGAAAUCCAAAUCGCCUCCGACGAAGAAAAAGGAAAAGUCAAAAACCAAGAAGGAGAAAUCGGAGGGGGCAGUCUCCAAGCCCAGCAAGGACAAGAAAGAAAAGAAGAAGCCACAGCCCCGGAAACAAGAGAAAGAUCGAUAUGUGACGUUCGCCGAGAAGCAGUACAUCUCCAACGGCAUUGCCAUGCUGCCGGAGAAACAAAUGCAGGAAGCUUUGCGCAUCAUCCAGCAGAGCGUUCCGUCCUUGGCCAACAGUGAUCAGAACGAGAUCGAGCUGGAUAUUGAGGAGGUUCCCAAUGGCGCGCUUCUGAAGCUGCUCGGGUUCGUUAAGAAGUACGCCGGGCCGCCUCCAGAUGAGCCGAAAGUGGAACCCUCGGAAGCCUUCCAUGCGCCGGCCCAUCACAAAAGCAAGAAGAGCAAGCCCAUGAGCAAGCAUGAGCAGGAGGCACAGAUUGAAGAAUUGAAGGGCAAGCUGGGAGCUUACGCUGGACCGAUUUCUCCGAAUGCUGUACCUUCGAUAGAGACGGGCGACAGUAGCGAUGAUGACAACUCGGAGGAGAGCGAGGAGGAGUAA